AUGGCGACUGCCUUGGCACACACGACUGCGCCUCUUCGACCCGACCGUGUGAGAUCCCUUGCCUCUUCCACGGGUUCUGACGGGCUCGUCAGUCGCACAGAUCGCCGGGAGCUGGUUUAUAAAAGGUGUCCACCCGUCGGCCACCUCCUCCCGCCCGCACUCUGCCCCAUGCCGCCGUCCACGGCUCUCCCGACCUUCUACUGGGUCAUCUUCGGGCUGUACGAGCCUCUGCUCACCAGCCUCGGCUUCAUCGGUGCUGUGUUCGAUCCAAAAACCACUCACGACCAGCAAGCACCAUGGCCUGUAGGCGGACCUCCCGACGCGAUGCCGCUGGCGACUCGCGUCACAAUCCUCCAGCUCGGCCACGUCGCAGGCCUUCUCGGAUUGUUGAAUUUCUUCGUGCUUUCGGCUUGCCGCAAGUACCUAUUCUCGCAGCCUGCAUUGCAGGAGAAGAUCGUAGGCGCGCUAUUAAAGCCCCUCCUCCUGGGAGAUUUUCUACACAUCGGAAUCACCCUAUGGGCACUCGGAGACAGCAGAUGGGAUGUGGCAAGUUGGGGAGGCAUUUUAUGGAUCACCAUCGUGACGGGAUUCAGUUUGAUGAUACCAAGGAUUACAUGGCACUUGGGCAUUGGACGCUAUGUAGACAAGAGAGACGGUCAUCUAGGGAAAAGAGCUUGA